AGGUGUUUUUGUUCCGACCCUUCUUGGAUGCCAAGUACGGAGAGGGCGAUAGCUCUGUGCCUGUGUUUGAAGUUUUAUCCUCUGGCAGCCAGAAGUAGGUGGUUGGUGUGAGGACCCAGAUGUCUUUGUGAUCCAGUCACUCUUUCGGGGUAACUCAGCAAGACCAUGGAGCUGUAUCCAGCAUGCUCCAGGGUUACAACCCCGUGUUCCAGGCCUUGCUGGGGACCUUCUUCACCUGGGGGAUGACGGCAGCUGGGGCGGCUCUGGUGUUCAUAUUCUCUAGUGGACAGAGACGCAUCUUGGACGGAAGCCUCGGUUUCGCUGCAGGGGUCAUGCUAGCAGCCUCCUACUGGUCUCUCCUGGCCCCAGCGGUGGAGAUGGCCACGUCCUCUGGGGGCUUUGGGGCCUUCGCCUUCUUCCCGGUGGCCGUGGGUUUCACGCUCGGAGCGGCUUUCGUCUUCCUGGCCGACCUCCUGAUGCCUCACCUGGGUGCAGCAGAAGACCCUCAGACGGCCCUGGCACUGAACUUCGACGCUGCAUUGAUGAAGAAGUCUGAUCCCACGGGUCCCACGCUGCUCCUCCCUGAGAGUGAACUCUCCAUCCGGAUAGGUAGCACUGGGCUUCUUCCAGACAAGAGUGAGAACGGCGAGGCCUACCAGAGGAGGAAGGCCGUGGCCGCCAGCCUUCCCGAGGGCCUUGCCCACCUGGCGCCUUCCCACGGGAGCCCAGCCCAGCCCAGUGGCAGCAGCUGGAGGAGGAUCCUGCUGCUCAUCCUGGCCAUCACCAUCCACAACGUUCCAGAGGGCCUUGCUGUUGGAGUUGGAUUUGGGGCUGUAGAAAAGACGGCAUCUGCCACCUUUGAGAGCGCCAGGAACUUGGCCAUUGGAAUUGGAAUCCAGAACUUCCCGGAGGGCCUGGCCGUCAGCCUCCCCUUGCGAGGGGCAGGCUUCUCCACCUGGCGAGCCUUCUGGUUCGGGCAGCUGAGCGGCAUGGUAGAGCCGCUGGCCGGGGUCUUUGGUGCCUUUGCCGUGGUGCUGGCCGAGCCCCUCCUGCCCUACGCUCUGGCCUUUGCUGCUGGCGCCAUGGUCUACGUGGUCAUGGACGACAUCAUCCCCGAAGCCCAGAUCAGUGGCAACGGGAAGCUGGCCUCCUGGGCCUCCAUCCUGGGAUUUGUGGUGAUGAUGUCACUGGACGUGGGCCUGGGCUAGCUCUGGGUCCCGACACACCCCCGGAAGGACAGCACCAGACCUCGAUGGGACCACGAGCCUUUCUUCACAUUAAACUAUUGCUCCCUUUCUCUCCUCCUCGUCUCACUGCCCAGAUCGGCCCUGACUGUAAUAGAACUAUCUUGACUUUGUUUUUGGGGGAGAUGUUGGUUUUCUUUGGAAUCUCAAGGUGUCAUGGAACCACAGAGUCUUGCUGUGGCCACUGAAUGGAAUCUUUUCCUUGGUGGGACUGUUGGGACCUACAGAUCAGGGAAAUCUCUGCUCUCCUUCCUUUAUCUCCCUCGCUCGAUUCAACCAACCACAGCUCCUCAAGGUCACCCACAGCAGCGAGGAACCAGGAGAAUUCUCCUAAGAAGUUUGGCCUCCAGCCUCCGAGCUGACUGGCCGGCAGCCCUCCUGCUCCUGGGCUGCGGGUCCUCCACACACCUGGAAUACCUGGACCUAAGCAUUGUGAACACAGCAAUUCUGCUCUCCCAGGCUGAGCUGGCCAGGAGACGAAGAGUCCCCUUCCUCCACCUGCCCAGGGAGUCCUGUCCGGGAGAGGGACACAGACUGAGGGAGGAAGUCGGCUAGUCUUUGGCUUUUCUAUUUUUUUUUUUUAAUUUAAGGCUAAAAUUGGCCUUUUUGAAGUUAAGGGAAUUCAGGAAUUAGGACAACUGUGAGCCCCCUGACGAGGAGAGAGUGGAUUCCAAGGGCAGAGUGGUUUUCCACGGUUCCCAAAUCUCCUGGGCGUUAAUUUGAUAAGUGGAUGAGCUUCAGUUUCCUAAGAGACUUGGGGAUACCAGCAAGCUGCUAGAACCCAAACCCUUUCUCUACUAAUGAAAGGAGCCACUGAAGUGAAGGAGGGACACUUAGGACCUGCCAUGGGUCCUUCCCCACAGGCUAUUAGGUAACUUACAACCCAACCGAGAACCCUGGAGCCACAGCUAGCUUUGUCGGAGUCUGGCCAGGGGGCUCUGGUUGGGAAAGGAAGAGGGAUAGGAAAAGUACAUAUCAUUCUGAAAUGACCGAGCAGAACGACAGGACCUCUGUCCGAAGGCUCGCAGCCAGGAGCCAGUAAUUUAGGCACUGUGUUCUCGGCGCCUGAUCUCUGAGUUUACAUGUUCCGUUGUUUCCAAGGGCAAAUGUCCUUCUCCGUGAAUGCUCCAAGACCCCAGGGGCCACCCUUCGGCUGGGUCAGUGUAUGUUCUUCCAAAGCACUGGUGAUCAAAAUUGCAGACGCAUUCAGAGGGUUGAUGGGUCGGGAUGAGCUGGUUUGGUGGUCGGUUGGUGUACAUGUGUUUUAUUUUUGUCUUUGGGUAUAGUUCUGCAUAAUUGAGAUUGUUCUUUCUGCCUGAUAAGACCUUGUAACUGUGAUUCAUAUCAAUAAAGGGAAUGUUGUUGUGGGUGA